AGUGAGUGAAAGAGUGUGUGUUGUGUGUGUAGUGGGCUUAACGCUUAGCAGGUAGAACAUCAGGAAAGAGCACUGGUCUUGUUGAGUUAGCACUUUGGGAUCCUUCUCAUCCUGAUAUGCACCUCCUUAACUCUGUUUUGAAAUGAAAAAUAGGGUAGGAGCUGUGCUGUGUCAGCUCAUAGCCCUAUCCUCCUCUAGCUGAGACCUGCUAGGAAGAGCAAGAGGUCCCUGGACCUUGGAGCUGGGCUUCCUGCCACUAAGGGGAUAGGAAGCGCUGGGCAUGUUGUGCAUGCUUUUAGUCCCAGCACUCAGGAGGCAGAGGCAGGCGGCUGACCUACAUGAGUUAGAAGCCAGCCAGGUCUACAAAGUGAGUUCCAGGACAGACAGGGCUACACAGAGAAACCUUGUCUCAGAAAAACAAUCCAAAACAAAAAAGUGGGAUAGGAGGCAGGGAGUAGGUACUAUCUACAUAGGAAGGCUGCAGAACAGUGAAUAUACAGUGGAGUAAAAAAUGUGUUUGAGUGACAUCAAGCACAAGGCAGGAUUUUUUUCAAUUAGUGCUUGUGGCAGGACUCCUGGAGUCUUUUCCUGCCCCCUGUUCUUUAGGGGUGGUUGUUGCGGGUAGGUACCCCUCUGUAGAAUCCUGCAUUGUCCCUUCUGAUUGACUGGGCAGAAGACAAUGGGAGGUCCACUAGUAGGAGCUCACCUAUGGUGGUCUAUAAGUGGAGUAGGUGGCCAGGUUUUUAGGGUGGAGGGACCCUUGAGUCCUGAUGGGCACCUUAUCAGCAAGUGCCAGACAAGAACAGACCUUGGGUGAGCCCUGUUAUCAGUCCCAGAGUCCACAGGACACACUUGGAUUAAUGUGUAACCUUACAAGGCUUCCCCUCUGCCCUCUGAAGCCACUGGUUCCUAAAUAGACACCAUUCAACAUGGAUGCUAGAAAAGAGGGGCUGCUUCUGAAGACACUCUUCUCAGACCAAGUGAGAACCUAUGCGGUGGGGUUUAUUACAUGUACAUUCUAUAGCCUUAACCUCAUCCACCCCAAACGUCUGCAGUGCCAGCAGAAGUCAGAAGAGGGCAUCAGAUUCCCUGGAACUGGAGUUAUAGGCCUGUGUGAGCCACUGUGUGAUUGCUAUGACCAGAACCCCAGUCUCCUGCAAGAACAGAUGACCAAGAUCCCCAGGAGACCCUCAGUAAAAUCAUUGUGGAUCUUGCCUCUGUUGCAUGGAAGAAAACUAUUUGGGAUGAUUGGAAUUGAGGGUCUGUAUAGCUGUGCUGUGCCCCGGGCGGCUGCUCUAAAUGGAGUGAGUAACCUGAAGGCAGAGGACCAGACCAACAGCUCCAUCACCCUGAAGUGGGAGGCCCCAAACGAUACUGACUCUGGAAACCUGAACUACUGGGUUCUGUGCCAUAAAGAUGAUAACAUAUAUAAAACUGAAAACACAACAGAAACCAGUUUAACGGUAGAUGGACUGGCUCCGGCUUCCUUAUACAAAUUUGUAGUGUGGGUAGAAAAAGAUGGAACCAAUAGCACCACGGAGACCAUCAAUGCCACCACAGCUCCAAACCCAGUAAGAAACCUGAGUGUGGAAACUCAGACCAACAGCUCCAUCACCCUGAGCUGGGAGGAACCAAACGUUACUGACCCUGAGAACCUGACCUACUGGGUUCAGUGCCAUGGAGAUGAUACCAUAUAUAAAAUUGAAAACACCACAGACACCAUAUUAACGGUAGAUGGUCUUGUUCCGGCUUUCUCAUAUGAAUUUUCCGUGUGGGUAGAAUACGAUGGAAUCAGAAGCACCAAUGAGACCCUCAAGGCCUCCACAGCUCCAAACCCAGUAAGAAACCUGAGUGUGGAAACUCAGACCAACAGCUCCAUCACCCUGAGCUGGGAGGCCCCAAACGUUACUGACCCUGAGAACCUGACCUACUGGGUUCAGUGCCAUGGAGAUGAUACCAUAUAUAAAAUUGAAAACACCACAGACACCAUAUUAACGGUAGAUGGUCUUGUUCCGGCUUUCUCAUAUGAAUUUUCCGUGUGGGUAGAAUACGAUGGAAUCAGAAGCACCAAUGAGACCCUCAAGGCCUCCACAGCUCCAAACCCAGUAAGAAACCUGAGUGUGGAAACUCAGACCAACAGCUCCAUCACCCUGAGCUGGGAGGCCCCAAACGUUACUGACCCUGAGAACCUGACCUACUGGGUUCAGUGCCAUGGAGAUGAUACCAUAUAUAAAAUUGAAAACACCACAGACACCAUAUUAACGGUAGAUGGUCUUGUUCCGGCUUUCUCAUAUGAAUUUUCCGUGUGGGUAGAAUACGAUGGAAUCAGAAGCACCAAUGAGACCCUCAAGGCCUCCACAGCUCCAAACCCAGUAAGAAACCUGAGUGUGGAAACUCAGACCAACAGCUCCAUCACCCUGAGCUGGGAGGAACCAAACGUUACUGACCCUGAGAACCUGACCUACUGGGUUCAGUGCCAUGGAGAUGAUACCAUAUAUAAAAUUGAAAACACCACAGACACCAUAUUAACGGUAGAUGGUCUUGUUCCGGCUUUCUCAUAUGAAUUUUCCGUGUGGGUAGAAUACGAUGGAAUCAGAAGCACCAAUGAGACCCUCAAGGCCUCCACAGCUCCAAACCCAGUAAGAAACCUGAGUGUGGAAACUCAGACCAACAGCUCCAUCACCCUGAGCUGGGAGGCCCCAAACGUUACUGACCCUGAGAACCUGACCUACUGGGUCCAGUGGCCUCAAAAUGAUGACAACUAUAAAAAUAAAAGCACAGCAAACACCAGUGUCGUGGUGGAUAGCCUUGAACCUGCUUCUACAUAUGAAUUUUCCGUGUGGGUAGAAUAUGAUGGAAUCAGAAGCACCAUGGUGACCCUCAACGCCUCCACAGCUCCAAACCCAGUAAGAAACCUGAGUGUGGAAACUCAGACCAACAGCUCCAUCACCCUGAACUGGGACGAACCAGAAGGUCAUGACACAAUUAACCUUAUCUACUGGAUCCAGUGGCCUGGAGAUAAUGACAACUAUAAAAAUAAAAGCACAGCAAACACCAGUAUCGUGGUGGAUAGCCUUGCUCCUGGUUCUACAUAUGAAUUUUCCGUGUGGGUAGAAUACGAUGGAAUCAGAAGCACCAUGGUGACCCUCAACGCUUCCACAGUCCCAGCUGCUGUCAGCAACCUCUCCUGUGUCAGCACCUCUGGGGGCUACGGGGUCAUUCUGACCUGGUCCUGCCCAUCUGGAGGUUAUGGGACCUUUGAGGUGGAAGUGGGCGGACAACCGAGAAACCAGUCUUCCUGUGGGACGGACAUGUCUGUGUCAGAUCUUGGGCCAGCUCAGUCUUACACGGCCACCAUCACAACUAUCUGGAAUGAACUGAAGGCUUCACCCGUCUCUGUGAUCUGCCACACAGAGAGUGCAGGGGUCAUUGUGGGAGCCAUCGUGGGCAUCCUCUUGCUUUUCAUCCUUGUGGGCCUCCUGAUUUUCUUCUUGAAGAGGAGAAGAAAGAGGAGCCAGCAGAAGGAAACGCCCAGGGAUCUGGUGUUCAGCGUCCCAGGGGAUAUCCUAGCCAAAGACUUUGCUGACCAUGUCAGGGUGAAGGAGAAGGACAGCAACUAUGGAUUUGCUGAGGAGUAUCAGCAAUUGGCUCCAGAGGGCCAAGGCCAGUCUCAGACAACAGCAUUGGCUCCAGAGAACACAUCCAAGAACCGCUACAGGAAUGUACUGCCCUAUGAUUGGUCUCUGGUGCCCCUGAAGCCCCUCCAAGAGGAACCAGGCUCCGACUAUAUCAACGCCAGCUUCAUGCCUGGUCUCUGGAGCUCCAAGGAAUUUAUUGCAACCCAGGGUCCCCUGCCUCACACUGUGGGUGAUUUCUGGCGUCUGGUGUGGGAACAGAAGAGCCACACCCUGGUCAUGCUGACCAACUGCAUGGAGUCUGGACGGGUGAAGUGUGAGCAUUACUGGCCUCUGGACGCUCAGCCCUGCACGCAUGGGCAGUUGCAAGUGACGUUGAUGAGUGAGGAGGUGAAGGAGAACUGGACAGUGAGGGAUCUUCAGCUCUUCCAUGUGGGAGAACAACAGACUCACUCUGUGCGCCAGUUCCACUUCCUGGCCUGGCCAGAUCAUGGAGUUCCUUACUCCCCAGACCCUUUGCUGGAUUUCCAAAAGGUGCUGCGGGAGUGGGUGGACCAGAGCAUGGAUGGGGGUCCUCCCAUUGUGCAUUGCAGCGCUGGCGUGGGCCGGACGGGCACCCUCAUUGCAUUGGACGUCCUACUCCGACAGCUGGAGUGUGAGGGGCUGGUGGGUCCCUUCAGCUUCGUGAAGAAGAUGAGAGAGAGCCGGCCACUGAUGGUACAGACAGAGGCCCAGUAUGUAUUCCUCCACCAAUGCAUCUUGAGGUUCCUCCAGAAGUCAGCCCCCGCCCUCAUCCUAAAGGAGUCAGUCUAUGAGAAUGUGCCAAACUUCAUUUAUGAGAACGUAGCUGCCAUCAGAGCCCAUGAGUCUGAGGUCUCAGCUACUGGGUGCUGAGCCUACACACAGAAAUAAUCAGGCUGGAUAUGGACCCCUGCUGAAGCCCAGAAUCCUGAACCUUCAAGAGAAGUGAGGUUUGGAGUCUCAGCCACCCCAGCCCACUGGAAAGCCAUCUCCUGUUGUCCAAGGACAGGAUGGGACUGCUGUACUUCUAAUAUGAGCCUUGUGGGAGCUGGGAGCCUAAGGACAGGGGCAACAAGGGGAUUUCCUGUUCUUUGAGUGGAGGUGGCUGUGGCUGGGGCAUGCAGGGUCUCAAAGAAAUGGACUCGAGCCUGGAUUCAGAAGAAAGAAUCAGGAUCUGGAAUUCUGCUACCUGAGGAACAAGGGUGGGCAGGUACCUGCCCCUCCCCCGAUUAUUUCAGAAACGGAAUCAGUCUCCUUUCAGAGGCUGAAGGGAGCCCCUUUGCUUGUGGUCUCCGUGCAACCCGUGCCUGCACAUUCUUUCCGUCCAUAUAAUUUAUUAAACUAUUCUCCCCGAA